AUGUCUACCACCGGAGAACAUCAGUCUAGUUUGUCUGGAGCUCUUGUGUCAACGUCGUCAUCAACGACGGUGUCACCAUACACUCUGUCCAGUUCUGACAACCGGGAUACGGUGACGUCCUAUGUUCAGUUGAACAGAGAAGAAUACAAUGAGUGGUCUGAACAGAUAUUGAAUGCUCUCCAAGCCAAGCGAAAAACUGGUUUCAUUGAUGGGUCUAUCACGAAACCUGCAAAAGAUGAUCCCAACUUCGACAAUUGGAAGACGGUGAAUUCAAUGACUGUAGGUUGGAUUCCAGCCUUGAUCGAGCCCAAGGUGAAAUCAACUGUUACGUUUAUCUCCGAUGCUAAUCUUUUGUGGGAUGAACUGCGACAACGUUUUUCAGUCAGUAACAACGUUCAUGUUCAUCAAAUCAAGGCUCAGCUUGCCUCAUGCCGUCAAGAGGGACAGGCGGUGAUCGACUAUUAUGGCAAGCUGUGUAACCUUUGGGAUGAGCUGAAAAAUUAUCAAGCAAGUGCAGUAUGUCCUCAUGGUUCACUCAUGUCUGCACUAGUCAAAUUUGUCAUGGGACUCGAUGACUCACGUUUUGGUGGGAUUUGUACAAGUCUGAUUAAUAUGGAUCCACUCUCGUCUCUCGUGUUGCCUACUCCAAAAAAAUACGCGAAGAACAUAGACUUGCUUCGUCACGACAUCAGGAACAACGGCAGGAGGCUGUCUCAUCCUGUGCUGUGCUCACACUGUGGUCGUACGGUCUAUGAAAAGAAGGACUGUUGGUCUCUAGUUGGUUUCCCUGACUGGUGGACGGAUCGUAAUGGUGUUGGUCGCGGCUCUGGUGGUCGUGGUCGCGGUGGUCGAGGCGCUGGACGUGGCAGAGGAAAGAUAGCUACGGCUCAUGCAACAAGUUCCAAUCCUUCAGCGCUUCCAGAAUUCACACCAGACCAGCUUCAUGCCCUGUCUCAACUACUUCAAGAAAGAACCUCUACUAAUAGUUCUGAUAAAUUAUCUGGUAAGCCAAAGUUUGGCGAUGUUAUCCUUGAUACAAGGGCUUCCCAUCAUAUGACUGGGAACCUUACUCUUUUGACUAACGUUGGUCCUAUUUCACCUUGUUCGGUGGGUUUUGCGGAUGGUAGCAAAACAAUUGCCUUGAGUAUGGGAGAAUUUCCUCUUUCGGAGAAAAUUUCUUUGACUAAUGUUCUCUAUGUCCCAACCUUAAACUGCACUUUGAUCUCUGUCUCUAAAAUUGACCGUUUUUCGAGGAUUUUGAUUGGAAGAGGUGAAGAGCGUGAUGGGGUUUACUAUCUGACGGAUGUUGCAACUGCAAAGAUUCACACAGUUAAUGUCUCUUCUGAUCAAGCUUUGUGGCAUCAACGGUUGGGUCAUCCAAGUUCUUCGGUGCUUUUGGUUUUGCCUAUGGUUUCUGUUUCUGGUUCUUCUAAUAGCUCUUUGUCGGACCGUAUUGUGUUCCUUCUUCCUGCAAUGAAAUUUAUUUCUUGUUCAUUGUUGACAAUUCUCAAGAUCAGUAUGGACAUAUCUAUUGCUUGA